UAUUUGUGCCAUGUUUUCUGCAGUUUUAAUGAAGUGAAUGAAGCUGGGAUGCUCUUAAACACUUAGGGAUGAUUUUUACUUGUAGGCAUUUGCAUUUAUUCAGUGCCUGAUCGUUCUGUGUAACUGCAGGUCCGACCCUUGUCCAGAACUUGCCAUCAGCUGUGCAGACCCUGUGUGAGUCCUGGAACAACAUCCACACCAACGAGUUCCCCAACAUCGGUUCGUGGCGCAACGCCUUUGCCAACGACACCAUCCCUGCCGAGAGCUACAUCAGCGCCGUGCAGGCUGCCCACCUGGGCACCCUCUGCAGCCAGAGCCUGCCCCUGGCAGCCUCCCUCAAGCACACCCUGCUGUCCCUGGUCAGGCUCACCGGGGAUCUCAUCAUCUGGUCAGAUGAUCCCAACCCACCGCAGGUGAUCCAUUCCCUGCUGCCCCUCCUUCUGGAGAGCAGCACAGAGAGUGUGGCAGAAAUCAGCAGCAACUCCCUGGAAAGGAUCCUGGGCCCAGCAGACUCUGACGAGUUCCUGGCCCGUGUUUAUGAGAAGUUGAUCACAGGGUGCUAUAACAUACUGGCCCAUCACUCUGACCCAAACAGUGGCCUGGAUGAGUCCAUCUUGGAGGAGUGUUUGCAGCACCUGGAGAAACAGCUGGAGAGCAGCCAGGCCAGAAAAGCCAUGGAGGAAUUCUUUUCAGAAAGUGGAGAGCUGGUGCAGAUCAUGAUGGCGACGGCCAACGAGAACCUCUCAGCCAAGUUCUGUAACAGGGUGCUGAAAUUCUUCACCAAGCUCUUCCAGCUGACUGAGAAGAGCCCCAACCCCAGCCUGCUGCGCCUCUGCGGCUCCCUGGCCCAGCUGGCCUGUGUGGAGCCCGUCAGGCUGCAGGCCUGGCUCACCAGGAUGACCAUGUCCCCUCCCAAGGACUCGGACCAGCUGGACGUGGUGCAGGAGAACAGGCAGCUGCUGCAGCUCCUCACCACGUACAUUGUGCGGGAGAACAGCCAAGUGGGGGAAGGCGUGUGCACUGUUCUGCUCAGCACUCUGAUUCCAAUGGCAACGGAGAUGUUGGCCAAUGGGGACGGCACGGGCUUUCCUGAGCUGAUGGUCGUCAUGGCAACUUUGGCCAGUGCAGGACAAGGGGCAGGACACCUCCAGCUCCAUGGGGCUGCUGUGGACUGGCUGGGCAGAUGGUAAGAGUGAGCUCUGUACUGC